AUGUACCAUUUGUUGUUGUCUCAGAUUUGUACAAACGCAAGUGAUGAAGAACUUCCAUCUUCGUAUAUUGAGGAAUUCAUUAGCAGAUGGAAAUAUUAUAAGCACUUUGAAACGUCUCUUGGGACCUCCGCUAAAUAUAAUAAUAUAGUGAUAAGUUUGUUUUGCCCAUUACAGAGAGAUACGUUGGUGAAUCUUACCCGAAAGGAAUCUCAGUCCCCAGAACCUCUGCAAACAAACUUCCCUGUAUCUAAGAUCUUCACAUACAUUAAAUCUAAAGAUCUUCACAUACAAUAG